AUGGAUGAGCAGACAGUAAAUCAACUGGACAACCUGCUACUUCAGUUAGGUAUAGAGACUCGAGAACUUGCUCAGAGGAAGGAUGACCUCAAACAGCAAAUACAAAGUUGUGAGUCCAACAUUGAGGAGAAAAAGGAUUACAUCAACACAACUCAGAAGACCAUCAGGACACUCGAUGAGGAGAUUCAGGCAAAACAAAACACUGUGAAGUUUAUCAAAGAAAAUGCAAAGAAUCUCCAGCACACAGGAGAUCUCUUACUUCAGUAUGAAAAGACUUUGGAAACCGAACUCAAGAAGAGACAGGACAGGUAUAACGACGACAUGAAAAUGUUCCAGGAGAGAAUCGACAGCUACAUGAACGUGUUUCAGCAGUAUAAGGACCGAUACUGCCUAAACUCACUGGCUCAAAAACUGCUAAAGAUUCAAGCUGAGAAUGAGGAAAUUGAGAGAAGAAUCAGGGUAACUGAGGGGCAAAUAAUGGAGAAAGAGAGAGAACUGACAGCCGCACUGGGUGAAGAUGACCCACUCUCUCUCACUGAUGGUGCUGAAAGUAGCUACAGAAAUAGUAAGUGUCGAGACAACGAAGCUCUACAAACUGACCAUAAUAGGUCAUGUGAGGAAAUGGAUUGUCAUCAAGACCACAGAAUACAGAGGCCUGAAGAAAACGCAGAUGUUCACAACAUAAUUGUCGAAGAGCUUUCGCUUUCUGAAGAGAAUGAGACUAAAACAGCAAGCACGAAAGACUUGAGUGAAUCUCAGACAGACACAUUUUGUCACAGCUUAUGGACAAAGCCAGAAAGUGGAGGAGAUCAAAUGCAUGACGCUGAUCAGAAGCAUUCUGACACUGAGGCGGUGAACGAACUGGUACAGUUUAAAUUAAACAACUGUUUUUAAAUGCCUUUAUAAUAACUGAAUUAUU